ACCGUCCAAUCGACACAGAGAAGAAGCGGAGGCAGCGGAACACCGAGGAACAGCGGGCUGUGGUAAUGAGCUGCGGGCCGAGAGACACGCUAGGACCGUGAACCUUCGGUGACAGUUGUGAGAGCAGACGCGAUGGACGUGGCUCUGUAUGUGACCGCUGCCGCCGCGCUCGCCCUGCUGAUCGUGUUCGUGCUCAGGGUGCGGAGGAAAACACAGGAAGCUGAUGAGGAGCAGCGGCGGGAUGUUGUCCGGGCAGCAGGGCCCCCGCUGCUCGCGGCAGAGGAGCGGGGAGCUGGAAUGCCUCGCAGGAGGAGGAACCUCGCCGCGGUGAUGGCCAACAGACGGCCGCAGAGAGAAGCUGUGGAACACGUGGACGAGCCAAUGGAAGAAGAAGAUGAAGAAGAAGAAGAGACGGAGCAGAACUUCCAGCCAACAGCGAAGGUCGGAGCCAAGAAGCAGAGGAAGCUGGAGGAGAAACAGGCCAAGAAAGUCCAGCGAGAGGCGGAAAUGGAGGAGAGGGAGGAGAGGAAGAGGAUGCAGGAGCUCAGGGAGCAGGAGAGACGACAAGAAGAUGAGAAGGAACGACUGCAGGAACAGAAACAGGAGGAGGAGGAGCGUCGAGCCAAAGAGGAGCAGGAGCGGCGGGAGGAGGAGGAGUACUUAAAACUCAAAGCCUCCUUCACCAUAGAGGACCAGGGAGAGGAGGAGCAGCUCACCGAGGACCAGUCACGCAACCUGCUGCAAGAAUUCAUCCAGCACAUCGAGAGCUCCAAGGUCGUCCUGCUGGAGGACCUGGCUUCCCAUUUUGGGAUGAGGACUCAGGAUGCGAUCAGCAGACUGCAGGACCUGUUGGCUGAAGGCUCCCUCACAGGAGUGAUAGACGACAGAGGGAAGUUCAUCUUCAUCACUCCGGAGGAGCUCGACUCCGUGGCUCAUUUCAUCAGACAGAGAGGCAGAGUGUCCAUCACAGAACUGGCCCAGGCCAGCAACUCCUUGAUCAACCUGAUGCCCGAGACCAGCGCCGCCUGACGGCUCCACAUCACAGUAAACCUGAACUCAGAUCGGUGUGAAGAUCUUUGCUCACUGGGGGAAAAGUGCCCACCUGCUGUUGGCUGUGGCGUUUUAGUGUCUGAUCUUAUCUUCUGUGGCGCUCGAAUUGCAGAGCAGAUCACAGUUCGACUUCUGUUCGGUGCAAAUUUACGUAACGCACAGUGAAUCUCUAUGUACAGAGUAAGACAUUAAAGGGGCAGGAAGCGAUUCUGAAGCAAUACACGUUUUGUAAAAAAUCUGUUCAUAUUUCCUUACCGUAGGUUAGCUGUGGCUUUGGUUUGUACCGGAAAAAAAUCUGUGUUUUCAGCAUACACGGGUUCACAGCCAGAGCUGUAAUCACAACAAAGAGAGAAACGUGUUCUCCAGAAUCGCUCUCUGCACCUUUAAGUUAACAAACCCAGAAAAAAAAAUUAAAAUCCGGCUUGAGAUUUCUACCUUUGUCACAUCUGUUGAGUUUGGUCUUGUUUACCGUCACGUGACCUUUGGGUGAUGUCGAUUUCAGUGGUCGACCUCUGAGAUGAUGUGCCUUUAAUGUGAUGCUGAUUUGCAAGUCAAAUGUUGGAAGAGUUAUUACAAUGUGUACUUGCAUUGAUUCAAUGACUAUUACUAGGGAGAAGAUGGUUUAUGAUCCCAAAAACUAAUGGACAUAACAGUAUAUCAGUGUAAAUAAACCUUUGUUGCAUCAGA